ACGACUGGCACUGGCCCCCGUCUAGUUCUCAGUUGGAGCAAACAGACAAACCCAAACUUGCUGGCUGGCUUUUCCUGGCACUUUGGAUUUUUUUUUUCAUUUUUAAGGGGGUGCGAGUGAGGUUAGGGGGGACAGAAAGCGACGGAGGAACCCCUGGGCUACCCCGUCACCAAAACGGCUUCUUUGGCAAUCCAGGUAGCGAGGGAGUUGGGUCUCCAGGUUGUGAGUUGGAGCAAAUGAUGACCGCCAAGACUGUAGACAAAAUCCCAGUAACUCUCAGUGGCUUUGUACACCAGCUGUCUGACAACAUCUACCCGGUGGAGGACCUCGCCGCCGCCGCGGCCACUUCGGUGUCCAUCUUUCCCAAUGCCGAUCUAGGAGGACCCUUUGACCAGAUGAACGGGGUGACGGGAGAUGGCAUGAUCAACAUUGACAUGACUGGAGAGAAGAGGUCCCUGGAUCUGCCCUACCCCAGCAGCUUCGCUCCCGUCUCUGCCCCUCGCAAUCAGACCUUCACUUACAUGGGCAAAUUCUCCAUCGACCCCCAGUACCCUGGUGCCAGCUGCUACCCAGAGGGCAUCAUUAACAUCGUGAGUGCCGGCAUCCUGCAGGGGGUCUCGGCCCCGGCCUCCACCACGGCCUCGUCCAGUGGGUCCUCGGCCUCCCCCAACCCUCUGGCGGGGGGGCCCCUGGGCGUGUGCACCAUGUCCCAGACACAGCCCGACCUGGACCACCUGUACUCGCCCCCGCCUCCUCCUCCGUACUCGGGCUGCGGUGGAGACCUGUACCAGGACCCCUCGGCCUUCCUGCCUUCGGCCACCACGUCCAGCGCCUCCUCGGCCCUGGCCUACCCUCCGCCCCCCUCCUAUCCGUCCCCCAAGCCCGCCACCGACCCGGGCCUCUUCCCCAUGAUCCCAGACUACCCGGGCUUCUUCCCGCCUCAGUGCCAGCGGGACCUCCACGGGCCGGCCGGCCCCGACCGCAAGCCGUUCUCGUGCCCCCUGGAUUCUCUCCGGGUCCCCCCCCCACUGACCCCGCUCUCCACCAUCCGCAACUUCACCCUGGGCGGCCCCGGGGCCGGGCCAACGGGCACGGGGGGCAGCGAGGGGGGCCCCCGGCUCCCGGGCAGCGCCGCUGCCGCCGCCGCCUACAACCCGCACCACCUG